AUGGCACCCCCACCUCCAGGCACUGCGCCUUUGGGCGAACGUCUCACGAAGCUUGUCACUACCCUACAAUUUGCGUGGUUCUGUGGCCAUUUCACCCUCCUCCUCGCCGUCUUUCGCUACGCUCUCUCCUACUUGACAUUCAACUAUUACUCGAAAUGGGCCGCAUUCACCUACCGACUGGCCUUCCUCUCCGCUGUUGCAACUUACGGCAUUGUCGUCUUCAAGGCCUAUCGAGCCCGCGUGAGGCCAGGUGCCCCCAUCGGCCAAACAGCCUACACCCUGCUCUCAGAUGAAAAUGUCCAAUAUCUGCUCAUAUCCCUGGUCUGGCUAUACUCAAGACAGGUGCCCUUGGCCCUCUUGCCGUUCACCGUCUACUCCGUGUUCCAUGUUGCUACCUACACACGUACCAACAUUAUUCCCACAAUUCAGCCUGCCCCAGCCGCUCCGGGAAGCACCCCCACAUCUCCUGGAGCUGCCAAAUCGCAGUCUGCUCUGGCCAACUCGAUCGGCAAAUUCGUCAAAGAGUACUAUGACACUUCGAUGUUCUUGGUGGCUGGGCUUGAGAUCACCUUGUGGUUCCGCCUCCUUUUGUCCGCCUUGACGUUCAGCAAGAACUCCUGGAUCCUUCUCGGCAUCUACACCAUCUUCCUGAGAGCUCGUUUCCAUCAAAGCCAAUUCGUGCAGAAUGCCUUUAGCCAGGGCGCUGCACACAUGGACCAGCGGAUCCAGAACCCCAAUGUUCCCCCGGUUGUCAGACAAGGGUGGGAGACCACAAAGGGCCUCGGUCGCCAGCUGGUGGAGGUUACGGAUGUGCGCAAGUACAUGGGAGGCGUCAAUGCCCAUAAGAAACCACAGUAG